CCUGAGCUGCUGCACUGAAGCUCUCCGCUGUGUGGACCUGUCUGUAGAUGCAUGAUGGCCGGGAACGUCAUGAAAGGACUUUUCUGCUCUUUAUUCGACUACAAAACGGAAAAAUACAUUGUCGCCAAAAAUAAGAGAGUUGGAGUUUUGUACAGACUUAUUCAGUUAUCUAUCAUCGGUUACUUAAUUGGGUGGGUUUUUGUAAGCAAGAAAGGCUACCAGGAGACAGAUGAGGCCAUCCAGAGUUCUGUCAUUACUAAACUGAAGGGAACCUCAAUGACAAACACCACUGAGUCUGGUCUGCUGGUGUGGGGGCCGGAGGAUUAUGUCAUCCCACCGCAGGGUGAAGCUGUCUUCUUUAUUGUAACCAAUUUCUUAGAGACGCCAAACCAGAAGCUUGGAUACUGUGCUGAGAGCCCCAAAGUGCUGGAUGGACACUGUCAAAAUGACAAUGACUGUGAAGAUGGAAAGAUGGUGGUGGCUGGUCAUGGAGUCGAGAGUGGCCGAUGCUUAAGAGAGGAUGAAAACUCAAAUGGUACCUGUGAAAUCUUCGGCUGGUGUCCCAUUGAAAGACGCUUCAAACCACAAGGGCCUCUGCUGACGAGCGCUGAAAACUUCACCAUCUACAUCAAGAAUUUCAUACAAUUUCCUAAAUUCAAAUUUGUAAAGUCCAACGUUCUGGAAACAUCUAAUGAAUCCUAUUUGAAGAAAUGCCGAUACGAUGAAAAGCUCCACCCUUACUGCCCCAUCUUUCGCCUGGGAGACAUCACCAGACGAGCAGGACACAACUUCCAGGACAUGGCCACGUUUGGUGGCUCCAUUGGCAUAAUGAUACAGUGGGAUUGUGACCUUGAUAAAGGCUACUCCAGCUGCCAUCCACAGUACCACUUUACUCGCCUGGACGUCAAUGUCUCCAACAAGAGCAUCGCAAUGGGAUUCAACUUCAGACACACUCGGUAUUUUAAAAAUGCUGCUGGUGUGAGCUAUCGAUCUCUAUUCAAAGUCUAUGGUAUCCGAUUUAACAUCAUGGUGCAUGGGAAGGCCGGGAAGUUCAGCAUCAUCCCAACAGCCAUCAAUGUAGGUUCAGGACUGGCUUUGAUGGGUGCUGGAGCUUUCGUCUGUGACAUGGUCCUUCUCUACAUAAUGAAGAAGGGCACCGCGUAUCGAGAGAGGAAGUUUGAAGGAUGCAGAAAUUCGAAGCCAGCAUCCAAAGACAACGGUGUGGAAGACAGAAAGGGCGCCAUGGAUCAGGAGACUAUGACAGUUUAGUCUUUUACUCCAAGAGACGAGUUUGUAACACGCCCCUGUUGCCUGUGGACUGAUUUCUAUGUGAAGGACCCGGGCUGUGAAAAUCCACCUGAAGUGACGUUUCUGCAUGCUCCCUAGUGCCUUGCCUCUCUUCCGCUAAUGUCAACAAAAGGCCAGCAUGAUGACACAACAACACAACAAAGAUGGUGCUAUCCGACUAGAAAUACCCUGCACAUAUUAAAACAAUAUUAUUGCCUCAACAAAGAAGCAGAAAACAAGCUCCAGAGCGAUAGUAGAACAUAGCUUACCCCUUUUGUUUUUCUUAUUGGUAGUCCAAAGUUCGUAAUAAGCACAUGUUUCACAACAAAACUGCAGCAUGUUGCUUCCCAGCCACAGCUCACUGAGCCCACCAGUGUUUAAUGAACACGGCUGGUAAAAACAGUUGGUGGUUUGCAGCUCGGGUCAGGUUCGGUUGGUUGAUAAACACAUGUUUGUGUGAGUCGGGCAGUGUGGAUUGGCUCUCACCGGCCAGCAGCCACAGCGCAACAGAAGCCUCUGUGUGUAUGUUUGUGUGUGAGCGAGUGAGUGUACGUACAUACAGCGAGGGGAUUGACUGAUUGGGAGUAAGAGAUGCUUUGCUGAAACACGGUGCAUAAACACAACGUUAGAGAUCUUUUAUGUAAUUAUGAGAAGUGUAAGCAAGGAAAAAUACGUAAAAUAAGUAAGCUUUUUAGAAUAGAAAAAUGUGAAAAUAUUGUAUCUGGAAGACAUUGUUAAAAAUUUGCAAGAUAUGAAGGAUCAAGAUAAGGCAAGCGUUUUUUUAGUUAAUCGUUAGAAAAUGAAUUUGACCAUUACAAAUGCUUCGUUACUUGAUGUGCCAAAAAUGUUUUGACAAAACUGUUUUAACUAAAAAUCAGAUUUGCAGAUUUCUGAGGAAAUAUAGACUUUCCAUAUGAUUAUCAUGAUAUACGUGUGUUGUGAUCUCACAUUGCUAUGAAUGUCCUUUGUGUUUAUUGAUCUGUCCUCUAUCAAUAUUUAUGGAUAGAUUGAAGGGAAAUCUGUAGGUGGACAGAAGAUAGAUGUUCUGUGAAUAUAUAACAUGCUAAAAUGAUUCGACAGUGUCGGUCUGUCCGAUAUUUAUUGUUGUUGAAGGUCUGGGGUGCUGGUGUGAUGUAUUGAAGAUUACAUUGUUUAAUGCUUGUUUUUGCAAUGACUAAAAAUUCCAAUAAAGGGAAAAUACCUCAUACACGAAUCAAGCUUUAAGUGCCAGGUUUCAGAGUGGUUCACCAUUUCUGUGUUUUUUGUUUACCUACUUAACUUUUUAUAUAUUUAUUAAUUAUCAAAGAAAAAAGCUUCACAUGUCAUCUGAGUAAAUGUGCAAAUUAAAGUUUUAAUAAGAAACAUGA